CUCAAAAGCAAUCACAUGCCAACCAAAGAGUACAGGUUGCCUCUUUCUUGAGACACUCUUCUUCUUCAUCUGAGUCACCCUAGAGAGAGAGAAAGAGGAGAGAGAAACCUGAGAGAGAGAGACAGAGACAGAACAAGACAUCGCUGUCUAUGCUUCUGCUGCAUGCCUUCUUUCAUUACCUCUUUCUCUCUCUCAAAAACCCACUCAAAUCAUCAUCAUCAUCAUCAUCUUCUUCUUCUAUACCCAUUUCCUCAAACGGGUCUUUUUCGCUGUUAAAGGUACAAUCUUUUUUUGUGGGUUUUGAGUAAAAUGUACUCUGCUAUUCAUUCUCUACCGUUGGAUGGUGUUAUUGGUAGUGGUGGUGGCCAUAGCCAUAGCCAUAGCCAUGGCGAUUUCCAAGGAUCUUUAGAUGGAACAAACUUGCCUGGUGAUGCUUGUUUGGUUCUAACAACCGAUCCAAAGCCCCGGCUCCGGUGGACGGCGGAGCUCCAUGAGAGAUUCGUUGAUGCUGUGACCCAGCUCGGUGGACCUGAUAAAGCAACACCGAAGACGAUUAUGAGAACAAUGGGAGUGAAAGGCCUUACUCUUUACCACUUAAAAUCACAUCUUCAGAAAUAUCGAUUGGGAAAGCAAUCAUGUAAGGAUUCCGUUGACAACUCCAAGGAUGUUGGAAUUACAGCUUCCUGCAUUGCAGAAAGUCAGGACACCGGUUCAUCUUCAACAUCGACUUCGAGAGUCAUAGCACAAGAUGCAAACGACGGUUUUCAGGUUACCGAGGCCUUGCGAGUACAAAUGGAAGUUCAAAGAAGACUUCAUGAGCAAUUGGAGGUGCAACGCCGUCUUCAACUUCGAAUCGAAGCACAAGGAAAAUACCUUCAAUCCAUACUCGAGAAAGCAUGUAAAGCAUUGAGCGAUCAAGCUUCUGUCUCUGCGGGCCUAGAGGCUGCAAGGGCAGAGCUUUCCGAACUAGCCAUUAAAGUCACUAGUGACUGUCAAGAAAUAGACCCGAACGAGGCAAUAAAGAUCUCUAACAUGUCAGAAAACAUUGCUCUAGAAAACAAAACCGCUAACACCAUGCUGGCUCGUCUUGGCAACAUCUCUAUGGUGGAAGGCUUGCCCGUUUCUUCAAUGAGUAUGGAAUCACAGGCCGCCGUGUUCAAGAAAAGACCGAGACCCUUUUACGGGAAUGGAGAUCUCAUGCCAUUUGAGGGUAACAUGAGGCAAGAAGUAGAAUGGAUGACCAAUAUUGGUUGAAAUUAGAAUCAACUCUCCUUUUAGCAAAUGUAAAACAUUUUUUUUUGUUCUUCUAAUUGUGUAGUUGUUGUAGAUGUAUUAUCUUUUUAUGAUUUUGUAUCAAAAGUGGUUUGUAUAUUUGGAAAAACAGGUCCUUUGAUAUGGAGGAACCUUUAAGCAAUUUAGAGUUUUGUUAGUUUUAA